AUGUCGACGCUCCCGAGGCUGCCGGUCUUCGAGGCUAUCGCCAGCCACGACCCUGAAUCGAUUGUGGCCGUGCACUCAGCCUCGCAGCGGACCUUUAAGUACGGUGAGCUGCUCAGCGACGUGUGUCGGGCCCGCAACAGGCUGCUAGAGGAGGCCGGCAGGGAGGACAUUAGCGGCGAGAGGGUGGCAUUUCUGGUAGAGAACAGUUAUGACUACUAUCCAGUGAUAUGGCUUGCCAUCCUCGCAGCAAAAGCCAUAGCGGUGCCCCUCUCGCCAUCCUUUCCAGCACCAGAGCUUCAGUACAUCCUGGGCCACAGCGAGGCCUCCCUCCUCCUCUCCUCUGCACGCUUUAGCACAAAGGCAGAGGAGACUCUCUCCCUCCCGCUGGUCACGCCCCCCAAGCAUGUCGAGCUCACCAAGCACCUCGGCAGGGGAGCCGCCUCCCAGCAGCAGCAGCAGCAGCAGCAGCAGCAGCAGCAGCAGCAAAACGUGACCCUCUCAGAAAGCACCGACCCAGGCGCCGCAGGUAUGAUGCUCUACACCUCUGGCACGACCAAUCGGCCCAAGGGCGUGCUCAUCCCCCAAGCCGUGAUGACGGCCCAGGCAAGGAGUCUGCUGCAGGCGUGGGAGUAUGCCCCGAGUGACAGGCUGCUGCACGUACUACCGCUCCAUCACAUCCACGGCACCAUCAACGCCAUCUUCGCGCCUCUCUUUUCUGGCAGCUCUGUCGAGUUUCUGUACCCUUUCAACGCGGAUGCCGUCUGGAGGAGGUUUGCCGCGCCUUUCCUCGAGAAGGACGAUAAAAUCACCUUCUUCACCGUGGUCCCAACAGUCUACUCCCGCCUCCUCUCCACCCACCGCACCCUGCCCCCACACCUCCAGGAGGCCGCCCGCACCGCCAUCUCCCCCUCCAACCUCCGCCUCUGCAUCUCCGGUUCUGCCGCCCUCCCCACCCCAAUCAAGCGCGCCUGGUCCGACCUCUCCCACGGCAACGUUCUCCUCGAGCGCUUCGGCAUGACCGAGGUCGGUAUGGCCCUGUCCUGCGGCCUGUCCUUUUCUCACCGCGUCGAUGGUUCCGUCGGCUGGCCACUCCCCUCCGUCGAGGCGCGCCUGGUCGACGUCGACACAGGCAAGGUCAUCCCGCCCGGCGAGGAGCAAGGAGAGGAUGGCCGUGAGCACUCGGGCGAGAUCCAGCUGCGCGGCCCGACCAUCUUCAAGGAGUACUGGCGCAACCCAACCGCCACCGCAGCCGAGUUCGUCCCCGCCACCGACGGCCGCGGCAGCUGGUUCAAGACAGGCGACGUAGCCGUGCGGCGUCCCGUCCCCGCCACCGCCGACACCACCAACACCUCCACCAAACCCCCCUCCCAGGCCUGGACCGGCGGCGACAUGUUCUUUAUCCUCGGCCGCAAGUCCGCCGACAUCAUCAAGUCCGGCGGCGAAAAAGUCUCCGCCCUCGAGGUCGAGCGCGAGCUCCUCUCCCUGCCCGAGAUCGCCGAGGCCGCCGUCGUCGCCGUCCCCAGCGGCAAAUGGGGCCAGAAAGUAGGCGCCGUCGUCAUCCUCAACAAGGAGAACUUCCCCGAGGGCGAGGGCGCCAAGUGGUCCGCCAUGGACAUGCGGCGCGCCCUCAAGGGACGGCUUGUGGCGUAUAAGAUCCCCCAGGUGCUCAGGGUCGUCGAUCACAUCCCGCGGAACGCCAUGGGCAAGAUUAACAAGAAGCAGCUUGUCAAGGCCAUCUUCCAGGAUGACUUUAGCGGCGACGAGAUGUAA